ACUCAGUACAGAAAAUGUUUCGGAAAGGGUUAUGCGUUGUUGGAUCCGGCUCGGAUUUUCGGAGAUUUUAUGAAAUAUCCGGAUGUUUGAGAAAGUCCGGAUGGAAUGUUCAUCCGGCUCGAGAAAUGAGAAGUUUAACCCGGCAGAAUAUUGAAAACUUCAAACUUGCAGACAGUGGGUUGAGAGUGUUGAGUAGAGGACGGGUUGGUGUUACAGAGAACAGCUCUCUGAUAAGCCUGGAUAUUGCAGUUGGAGAUUUUACAGAGAAACAACUUCAGAUAAGAUUGGAUGGAGCCGAUCUUAUUAUUGAAGCUAGAAAACUUGUGGAAACUGAAGAAGAGAAAGAAAGAGAGGAAGGCGCAGCAAGACAAAAACGAAUUAGAAAAAGAACAGGAAAAAUGUCGGAUGAAAUAAAACAAGUUAAAGGUUUGAUGAAAGACGCCGCAAAGCGGAACGUUCUAAAAGAUGAGGACUACAAGAUCGAAGCCAGGGAUGAUCUUCAUCAAGCAAUGGUUCAGGAUUUAGAGCAAGGAAUGCGUCUUGGAGGUGAUUGCAACACGGAAUCUUUGACGUUAGAGAAGUUGGACCAAUUUCAACCAUUGGAUGGUUCUAGCCAGCAACCUUCCGGCAGUGAGAUAAGGAAGGAGGAGUUUAACACCGCGUUCAAGUCUUUCCUGGAGCAGGAGGUCAUGUCAGAAGAGGACAAAAAGACGUUUGAAGGAGAACCGGAGAAGGAGGUAGAGGUGGAAAGGGAGGUUGAGGAGGAGUGGAGGCAGGAGAUGAAGGAUGAGGAGAAGCAGAUUGUGGAGGAUGUGGAGAAUGAGUGGAUAAGGAAGGUGGAGAAGGAGGAGAUGAAGGAGGAGGAGAAGCAGGUUGAGAAGGAGGUGGAGGAGGAGUGGGUGAGGAAGGUAGAGAAGGAGGAGAUGAAAGAAGAAGAAAAGCAGGUAGUGGAAGAUGUCGAGAGUCAAUGGAUCAAUGAGAUUGAGAAGAAGUUUGUGAAGGAGAAGGAUAUACUGAAGAAUGUUGCAGAGAAGUGGGUUGAUAUUAUCAAGAAGGAUGGUGUCAACAAGGAAGUAAAGAAUGUGGAAACUGAGGUGGAGGAGGAAUGGUUGGAGAGGAAACAGGAACUGUCCAACCCUUGUCAGGUCCAAGUCUUGACUGAAGAUGAGAUGCGUUCAAUAAAUCAUGAAAAAAGUUAUUCAAAGAAGAGAGGUGAAAAGAUCUUUCAAGAAGGAGGCAGACAUAAUGAAAACAAGAUGGCGGACACAAUGUCGUCUUACAAAAUCCGUGAAAACAAGAUGGCGGAUAAAAUGUCGUCUUCCAAGAAUAGAAUUGUAAAAGUAGAAGAGUUGAUUUUGUCCCGGAUACAUUUACCAAAUGGAAUUGAUGACACUGAUCUUACUGCUCUGUUUAAUCCUGGACAUCUUAAUAUAUACAUCAGGAAGCAUCCUCAGGUUUUCAUUCCAAUCAUUCCGGCCAAACCUUACAUUCAUCCUAUCCUAGAAAUGUACUAAAUAAAAAUAAACAUUACACAUCCUAGAAAAGUACUAAAUAAACAGUAUCCUAGAAAUGUACUAAAUAUAAAUAAACAUUACGCAUCCUAGAAAAGUACUAAAUGAACAGUAUUCUAGCAAUGUAUACGGUAUCCUAGAAUUUACUAAUCAUUCAGUAUCCUAGAAAUUUACUAAUUAAACAGUAUCCUAUAAAUGUACUAAAUAAACAGUAUCCUAUAAAUGUACUAAAUAAACAGUAUCCUAUAAAUGUACU